GAGAUGUCCCUGGCGCUGGGAGCUGGGAAUGGGGGAAAGGGCUAGCUUGAACCCUGGCAAAAAAGAAGGGAAGGGAUGCCAGGCAAAAGGGGUGAAUGGAGAAGAGCUACAGGGAGGAGCUGGGGCUGGCGGACGCAGGGGUCUAAGGAGUCUGGGGGCACGAAGCUGAGGGGCAGGGCGCGGGAGCUGGCCUUGGACCAGGGCAGGUGAGGCAAAGGGUGGAGGGCAGACGGGAGCAACCGUGGAGCAGGGGCGGGGACGGAUGCUCCUCCCGUGUGUCUGCUGCUCCGACACUAAAGGAGAUGGAUGGGGUAGGGGAAACGCAGCGCGCGCGGCCCCGGGCGGCUCACCGCUCAGCCGCCGCCCCCGCAGCGGAGAGGUCGGGGCGGCGGUCCGGCCGCAGAUAAAGGCGAGCGGGGGACAAGGGCGGCCGCGGCAGCAGCAUGAGCGGGACAGACCUGAGUCACGCUGCGGGCGCGGCCCCCGACUCAGACCCGGGCCUGGCGGCAGUCGCCUCGGCCUACCAGCGCUUCGAGCCCCGUGCCUACCUCCGCAACAACUACGCGCCCCCUCGGGGGGACCUGAGCGGCCCCGACGGCGUCGGGCCUUGGAAGCUGCGCUGCUUGGCGCAGACCUUCGCCACCGGUGAGGUGUCUGGACGCACCCUCAUUGACAUUGGUUCAGGCCCCACUAUCUACCAGCUGCUCAGCGCCUGCGCCCACUUUGAGGACAUCACGAUGACAGAUUUCUUGGAGGUGAACCGCCAGGAGCUGGGGCUCUGGCUGCGAGGCGAGCCUGGGGCCUUCGACUGGAGCGUGUACAGCCAGCAUGUCUGUCUCAUCGAGGGCAAGGGUGAAUCCUGCCAAGAGAAGGAGUGCCAGCUGCGAGCCAGGGUGAAGCGGAUCCUGCCCAUCGACGUGCACCAGCCCCAGCCCCUGGGCGCUGGGAGCCUGGCGCCCCUGCCUGCCGAUGCCCUGGUCUCCGCCUUCUGCCUAGAGGCUGUGAGUCCGGACCUUGCCAGCUUCCAGCGGGCCCUGGACCACAUCACUACACUGCUGAGGCCUGGGGGGCACCUCCUCCUCAUCGGGGCCCUGGAGGAGUCAUGGUACCUGGCUGGGGAGGCCAGGCUGGCAGUGGUGCCAGUGCGUGAGGAGGAGGUGAGGGAGGCCCUGGUGCGUAGCGGCUAUGAGGUGAGGGAUCUGCGCACCUACAUCAUGCCUUCCCACCUUCGGACAGGCGUAGAUGAUGUCAAGGGCAUCUUCUUCGCCUGGGCCCAGAAGAAGGUGGGGGUGUGAGGCCCCAGUGCACACAGUGUCGGCGGCCCUCACCCACCUAGAUUCCCUGUUAUCUGAGGUGGCACCUAAUAAAGAAAUAAGUCCAUGC